AGGAGCAGGGAGCUGCUGAGCACGCUUGCCUUGCGGUCACAACCUCUGUGCCUGCUGGAGUCCAGCCCUGUGUGUGGGCUUCCGUGUGCUCAGGGCUAGGACCCUUCUUGUGAGGGAUGGUGCAGUCAUCUUGAUGACCUGUUGGCUUGGUCUAAGAAGGUGACUGGUGAGCAGUGGUAAUCACAGAGCAUCCUAGAGGGACUUGUUCACUGCACGUGCCUCUUGAGGGCCACUCCUCACUGCCUGCCGUCUUUGGUCCCAGGAGUCCCUGGGGAGGGGUGGCCUGGUGGGGAUGGGCUGUUGAAGGUUGUUGAAAUAUGAUCGUGAGUCCUGGGAUGAGUGAUUUUGGAAACCUCAGAAACGUUAGCCUGGAGUUUCGUUUUGAUUUAGUGUGAGUUGGUUAGUUAGCUCUACCCAAGCAUACUUGAUGGUUUUCUCAUCUUGUGUCUUCUGUGUGGAGUUAAUUUUAUCUCUGCCUCUGUUUUAGGGAGUCAGUACCAAAUGAGGAGGAAAGGACGAUGUCAUCGAGGCGCUGCAGCGAGGCACCCUUCCUCCCCGUGCAGUACUAAACACUCCCCAACGCGGGAGACCCUGACCUACGCACAAGCCCAGAGGAUGGUUGAGAUAGAGAUUGAGGGGCGCUUGCAUAGGAUCAGUAUUUUUGAUCCCCUGGAGAUCAUAUUAGAAGAUGACCUCACUGCUCAAGAAAUGAGUGAAUGCAACAGCAAUAAAGAAAAUAGUGAGAGGCCCCCUGUGUGCUUAAGAACUAAGCGUCACAAAAACAACAGAGUGAAAAAGAAAAAUGAAGCCCUCCCCAGCGCCCAUGGCAUGCCAGCCUCAGCCAGUGCGCUUCCUGAGCCCAAGGUGCGGAUUGUGGAGUACAGCCCUCCCUCCGCCCCCAGGAGGCCCCCUGUGUACUACAAGUUCAUUGAGAAGUCAGCUGAGGAGUUGGACAACGAGGUGGAGUAUGACAUGGAUGAGGAGGACUACGCCUGGCUGGAGAUUGUCAACGAGAAGCGGAAGGGUGAUUGUGUCUCAGCCGUGUCGCAGAGCGUGUUUGAGUUCCUGAUGGACCGCUUCGAGAAGGAGUCGUACUGUGAGAACCAGAAGCAGGGGGAGCAGCAGUCCUUAAUCGACGAGGAUGCUGUGUGCUGCAUCUGCAUGGAUGGUGAGUGCCAGAACAGCAACGUGAUUCUCUUCUGCGACAUGUGCAACCUGGCUGUGCACCAGGAGUGCUAUGGGGUACCCUACAUCCCUGAGGGCCAGUGGCUCUGCCGACACUGCCUGCAGUCUCGGGCCCGGCCUGCUGACUGCGUGCUGUGCCCAAACAAGGGAGGUGCCUUUAAAAAGACAGACGAUGACCGCUGGGGCCACGUGGUAUGUGCCCUGUGGAUCCCAGAGGUUGGCUUUGCCAACACGGUGUUCAUCGAGCCCAUCGAUGGCGUGAGGAACAUCCCUCCAGCCCGGUGGAAACUGACAUGCUACCUCUGUAAGCAGAAGGGUGUGGGCGCCUGCAUCCAGUGCCACAAGGCAAACUGCUACACAGCAUUCCACGUGACAUGUGCCCAGAAGGCCGGCCUCUACAUGAAAAUGGAGCCUGUGAAAGAACUCACUGGUGGUGCCACGACCUUCUCUGUCAGAAAGACCGCUUACUGUGACGUCCACACGCCCCCGGGCUGCACCCGGAGACCUCUGAACAUUUACGGGGAUGUCGAAAUGAAAAAUGGUGUCUGUCGAAAAGAGAGCUCAGUCAAAACAGUCAGGUCCACUUCCAAGGUCAGGAAGAAAGCAAAAAAGGCUAAGAAGACACUGAGUGAGCCCUGUGCGGUGCUGCCACCUGUGUGUGCUCCGUAUAUUCCCCCUCAGAGAUUAAAUAGGAUUGCGAAUCAGGUGGCCAUUCAGCGGAAGAAGCAGUUUGUUGAGAGAGCCCACAGCUACUGGCUACUCAAAAGGUUGUCCAGAAAUGGCGCUCCCCUGCUGAGGCGACUCCAGUCCAGCCUGCAGUCCCACAGAAACACGCAACAGAGAGAAAAUGACGAAGAGAUUCAAGCCGCCAAAGAGAAGCUGAAGUACUGGCAGCGGCUGCGGCAUGACCUGGAGCGGGCGCGCCUGCUGAUCGAGCUCCUGCGCAAGCGCGAGAAGCUCAAGCGCGAGCAGGUGAAAGUGGAGCAGAUGGCCCUGGAGCUGCGGCUGACCCCGCUCACGGUGCUGCUGCGCUCCGUGCUGGACCAGCUGCAGGAGAAGGACCCGGCUCGCAUAUUCGCCCAGCCGGUGAGCCUGAAGGAGGUACCAGAUUAUUUGGAUCACAUUAAACAUCCCAUGGACUUUGCCACAAUGAGGAAACGGCUAGAAGCUCAAGGGUAUACAAACCUCACUGAGUUUGAGGAGGAUUUUAAUCUCAUUGUAGAUAACUGCAUGAAGUACAAUGCCAAGGACACGGUGUUUUAUAGAGCCGCGGUGAGGCUGCGUGAUCAGGGCGGUGUUGUUCUGAGGCAGGCCAGGCGCCAGGCGGACAGCAUCGGCUUCGAGGAGGCCUCGGGGAUGCACCUGCCUGAGCGGCCUGCUGCGGCCCCUCGGCGGCCUUUCUCCUGGGAUGACGUGGACAGGUUGCUGAACCCAGCCAACAGGGCCCACAUGGUCUUGGAGGAGCAGCUGAGAGAGCUGCUGGACAAACUGGACCUCACAUGCUCCAUGAAGUCCAGCGGGUCGCGGAGCAAGCGGGCCAAGUUACUAAAAAAAGAAAUCGCUGUCCUUCGAAACAAGCUCAGCCAGCAGCACAGCCAGCCCCCACCCGUGGAAUCAGGUAUUGGAAGCUUUGAAGAGGAAGGUGCUCGGCUGGGGCAGGAGACUGGGGAGGAAGGAGAUAAAUCUCCCCCUAAACUUGAACCAUCAGAUGCAUUACCUCUUCCUUCAAACUCGGAGACUAAUUCAGAACCACCAACCCUCAAACCAGUAGAACUCAACCCAGAGCAGAGUAAACUAUUCAAAAGAGUCACAUUUGAUAAUGAAUCACAUAGCACUUGCACUCAGAGCGCACUGGUAAUCGGACACCCUCCAGAGCCCACCCUCGCCAGUAGUGGCGAUGCGCCGGCGGCGGCGGCCUCCGCGGUGGCGGAGCCAUCAAGCGAUGUAAACAGACGCACUUCUGUUCUCUUCUGCAAAUCGAAAAGUGUAAGCCCCCCAAAGUCUGCCAAGAACACUGAAACCCAGCCAACUUCUCCUCAGCUAGGGACCAAAACCUUUUUGUCUGUAGUCCUUCCGAGGUUGGAGACUCUUCUGCAGCCAAGAAAAAGGUCGCGGAGCACCUGCGGCGACUCCGAGGUGGAGGAGGGGUCCCCGGGAAAGCGCCUGGACACAGGUUCUCAUUUUAACUACUAACAUGCUGGGUAGCUCACUCUUUGGAUCCUAAUUAUUUUCUCUUACUCAACUUGGACUGGAGUUCUGCUAAGCGGUCAUUUUGGAGCGCAGAGAGAUCACUGCAUCCUUGCAUUUCACGUAAUUCUUGUGGAUAACGUUGGAAGCAUCCGUUCAGCCAUCCUCCAAACAAACACAAACACCAACACUUGGAGGAGACCUACCCCACCCCACCCACCCCUUCUGUAAGUCAGAGCCAGAGGCCCGCGGGAGGACCGCGCAGGGGCACGAGGACCGCCAGCACCCUCUUUGAGCGGGCAGGAUGCUUUCUCGGCCCCUCCUGUGGAUAGGUGUGACCGAUGCAGAGGGAAGCCUUAGAGUCGAGUGCUUGGAGAGCCUGCUGCAUCCACAGAUGACUUACGUGGACAGAGAUUCUGAUCCCGCCCUCAGCCGGCACAGAACCGGGCCUGAGAUGACCAGGGGAUCUGGGUUGGGGCGCCCGGGCUCGGGAAGGAACUCCGCAUGCUCCACACGCCACAGCUGGAAGAUCUCUCCCUUGGUUGUUAGCAUCUUUGUUUCCCGGUUUCUCCCUGAUCUCCCUUCUCUUUCCUUUACUGCCUCCUGGUCCUCCCCGUGGAUUAUUGAGCAGCGGCAGCCUGGUCUGUCUGGUCACUACAUGCAACGCCUGCCGCAGCGAGCAGAAGUCCUGCCCGUGGGACUGGAGGUGUCCCGUGCCAGGCAUCCCGUGUGAGCCUUCCCCGCCACUGCUGCGUCUUCUUGGAGACAGUCUAGGCAAAAGCAGGGUGGCUGGGUUCUACAUAUUUGCUGUGUUUUUAUUGAAAGGUUGAAAAACGCACGUGAAAGGCAAUUCUAUUGCCAAUAGUAAAAAUAAAACAUGUAUGUAACAAACUGAUGGGCAUGCCCCACUGCUCCGAGAGGCUGAGUGCAGUCACGGUGCCUGUGGCCUCUGACGCUGGUCCCAUGUCUGUCCCGUGUCAUUGUGUUCAGCAGGAGCCGAGUAGCAGCCUGGGUGGUGGUGGAAGCGCUUGCGCCCACACCACGUGGCCCGGGGUGGUUGAGUGCAGCCCUCUGCUUGCUUUGCCUCUUGCCGAGCUGCUAUCCAGAAGGUUCUUCAAAGCCCAGCGAGGGCGUAGUGGGUGUGGACCUUGGUCAUCUGUCACACCUGGGGGAGCACCAGGGGUUCUCGCUCCCUGGCGGGUGUGAACUGUGCAGGGCGGAGGUCCCAGCUUUGGGAAACUUUCUCUAAAGAUCCGAUUAAGCCAUUGCUGACCAGUGUCUCAGGAGGACCCUUGGGGCACCCCAUCUGCACAUGGCCUGGAUGUGCCCUAGAAAGGCCUUGAUGGGUGGGAAGCGGCAGGGCCAGGGCACCUCUCGGCUCAGUGGGUCGCACCUUUGAGGGCAGAGAAGGAGGGUUAGUCUUUGCUGCUGUCUCCUGAGAAGUCCGUAUGGUGCCCAGAUGGCACGGGGAUGGGCACAGAGUCUCGAGUGCCCCGUGGGGAACGUGCAGCUCAUGUGUUGGAGGGCAUUGGCUUUUUCCUGAUAGCCACCUUGUCUUUUAAUUUAUUUUUCAUUGCACACUGACUUUACUUUCAGCAUUUAAAAAAUUACCUCAUGCUGAGAUGGUUGCUGAAAGUACACUCUGCUGUGUGCACGGUUUUGGUGAGGGGCUCAGGCACUGCAUGGAUGCUUGCUGUUUGCAGAUGGCCCACAGGCCCCUCUCGGUGCACACCUCCAGAACCUGCCUGACUGUGUGUCAUUUCAGGUCCUUGCAGGGUCCCCAAGGCGGGGUUCCCUGAGCUGCAGCUGGCAGGCAGGGUUUGCACAGGGAGCCUGUUGGCAGGGGCCAGUGAGGGAGGUGGGGAGAGGUCGUGCUGUGAGGGUCAUGGCUGAGGGCUGGGCGGCCCCUCAGACCCCGCUGCUGUUGUGGAGCCCUGCCACAGCCACAGCGGCCUCAUACUGUUGGGCUUGUCUUCGGUGCCUGCCACGUAGCAGGUGCUCAGUGACAUUUCAUGGGUAGCAUGUGAGAAACCGUGUAUAUGAGUAACUCGUCACCCUGGGUGUGUGCUCUAAGUCCUCGGGAAGGUGAGAGGGAGACAUGACCAUUCUCUCAUUUGUCUCACUGAGGACUUUCCCCACGUUUUAAUCUUUUCCCCUAGUGUCACUUGUGGAGCCUGGCUUCAGGUUGUUUGUCACCAAGCACAUGGUGCAGGUGACGCCUGUGCUGUCUUCCUAGUGGACAUCUCAAGUGUGGCCUUGCUCCGUGCUUUGGUGCCAGGUCUCCUUUCUCGCCAGACGCGUGUGCUCAGGCGCCCCACCCUUCGCCUGACCUGUGCCAGGUGCGUCUAUAAUGGGCACUGCCUGUUCUCUUGCUUUUCUCAGCGGCCACCACCUGCCGCAGGAUGGGGAGGAGCCAGUCGCAGAUGCCAGACCCCAUUCAUCCCUCGCUCAGGCUCUUCCCAGGUGCCUCGGCAUACCUGUCACGUGGUGAGACUCACCCACUGCGUUUCUAGAAAGGCCUCCUCAUCUGGGCCCAGCUGGCUCCUGCUUGGCCUGAAAAGGCAUACAGUCAGCUUGCUUUGCAGGCAGAAGCGAAGACACGGCUGGGAGGUCGCAGGGGUGUUAGAUGUGGUGGCUUCGUGGCUGUGUGUCCUUGUCACCUGGACUGGUGCCACAGCGUGUGUCUGGACCCGGCAUGGCAUCGGUGAUGUCCUGGGGUCGUCCCCAAGGGGACAGGCAGUGACCUCGUAGCCUCGCUGGUCCCGGGUGCCAGACAUGCUCCUGCCUGACUGUGGCCCCUUCUCUCAGACUGGAUCCUGUGUCUUGGGCUCCGUCCACCUAUCCAUCUGGGUUGGGCAGGCUUGUCCCUGACUCAGAGUUGGGGGUCUCUCUGCUCUUGGGACAUCCCGGUGGGCCUGGAUGGUGCCUUCUGCGCCCUCCUAAGAACUCUUGGCUUCAGAGCACCUUGGGAGUUGAGAUAUGAGGCCUCUUCCUUUAUUCAUCAUUUUUCCCAACCUGCUGUGAAUGGGCUGUAGUCGGUUCAUCUAUGUUUAAGAGGUGACAGGAAGCUCGCCGGGUCUCAGCCCCAUGGGGCUCGCCGGGUCAGCUCAACUGCUGUAUUUUAUGGGCCUGCUUUUUUCAAGAUUGUUCAGUAAACUCUUAAUGAGUAUAACACCCCCAACUAUCUGCAAUUACUUCUUAUGAAUGUGAAUUAGGUUUAAAAUUAAAAAUACUAAGUUUUUCUUAAGGCCAGUGGUGUUAAGACCAACAGAAAUGGAGCAGGCUGUCUAAUGAGUUCACUUAGGAAAAUGCAUAGCUUUGGUCUGUUCAGAGAGCCGCAAAACCCGUCCAGUUUCUGCAUUUUUAUUUCUUAAGUGCAAAGUUUAUUCACUUCCCUUAUUUAAAAGUAAGUCAUAUUCAUUAAGAAAAUACAGAAAAGUAUAUGAAGCAGAUGAAAAACCCCUGUAAUCUGGCCACCCAGAUUCAAAAAAAAUUUAAAGAAAGGAAUUUUUAAAUUUAAGCUUGGGGAAUGGGAUUGUUUUUUGGGGGGAAAUAUGCAUAGCCCUCCAGCCGUGGCACACGGAGGGAGCCGGUGGGGCCCAGCAGUGCUGGACACGGCCAAGCCUCACUGUGCCUCUGCGGGUGAGGUUUCUGCACGGGGCAUCACCCCUGCCUGUUCUGACAUCAGAGGGAGGGAGACCUGGACAAAUGUGUUUUUCCUGUUUACUCACAUAAAGUCAGGCUUUUCGGGGGAGGAUAAGGGAUUUGGCUUUGAGAUCUGCUUUGAUUAAAGCACUUCUCACACAUCCAGAUGGUGUGAUGGUGUUUUGUUCAGCUACUUAGACUAUUUGAAAACCAGUGAGUUCUAGCUUCGAGGUGGAGUGGCACUGGCCCACCCCACGGGUCUGCUGCCGAUAUAUCGUCUCGGACGCUUCUGGACGUGGUGGCCUAGGUUAACGAGAUGCUCGUUUUUUGUUUUAAAAUGUUUUUGAGGUUCACGUGAAUACUUUCCUUUUGGAAGAUUUUUUUCUUAAACUUAGACUUGCUGUGCCCGUUGGUGCUCCUCGAUGUGAAUCCAGUCUUGGUGGUGAUGUCACUCCUCAGGGAGGUGGCCCCACCGGGCCUAGACUCCAAGGAGCCUCAUCCAGAUGCGGCUCAUUCCCCAAUGUGGACUAGAUCAACAAGUGUGCACAACCCAUUGAUCUAGAAGAAAUAACUGGAUGCCCCUUUCUUUGCCUUUGUGGAACCUAUUUAAAAUUUUUACUUCUUGAAGAAGAGCACCUUCUUUAGACCAGUGUUCUCUGAACUAGUUCGAUUUGAAUUUAUUAUAAUUUGCUAUCUUUAUUUCAUUCCACAAGUGCUUCUGUGUCUCCUGUGUCUCAAGCUCGGUGUUGGGUGCUGGGGGCUAUGGGGUGAAAAAACAAGAUGCUGUCGGACCUCCUAUAUGAAGCGUCCUCGUACAGUCUAUUCCAAGUUCAGAGAGGAUGGUUGCACUUGGAGCAGCGGCUCUGGCAGAGCUGAGCUUAGGCGCCUGCGUGCCUGUG